GAAGGGCGGCAAGGGUCCUGCAAAAGGACCGGCAGCUGCAGCUCCAGCGGCCGGCUGCAGAGAAACUUGAGGAGCCGAAGCCCGUGCCUUCCGAGUCCAUGGAGACCCCUGCGCCAGCAGAGGCCGCUCCAACUGCUGAAGCUGGAGCUGAAGCUGCAGCACCAGCGGCAG